GCAUAGAAAGCGGUGAAAAAAAUGUGAUCCACAUAUACAUACGGGGAGGAGGUGGGUUCCUUAUCCAAGGGAAGAAAGGCACAUUGAGGCGUCCCUGCGCUGCAUCAACCAAAACACAGACUAAAAAAUCAAAGCGAAAUUCGUUGAUUGUAAGAUAUCUCAGGACAGCAGAGAGUUAUGGCGAGCGUUUGUUGGUCCUGUGCUGCCCCAGUAUUGUGGGCAGGUGAGAGGACUCUAUCACUCAUUCCUUCUUCUUCUUCUUCUUCCACCACCACCACCACCACAAGCUGUGGAGUUGCAGGGCCUCUCCUGCAUCAGGACUUGAGGAGGCGGCUGAGGCCCCUUUUCUCCUCCUCUUCCUCCCAUCGAACAACUACAACAGCAGCUACUUUAACUGAUGAUGAGGUGGUGUUGGAGGAUGAAGAGAAGAAGAAGAUGAUAGGAGCCAAGGUGAGGGUGAAGGUUCCUGUUAAGGUGUACCAUGUUCCCAAGAUCCCCGACCUAGAUCUCCUCGGGAUGGAAGGGGAGAUUACCGAUUAUGUCGCCCUCUGGAAGGGGAAUCGCAUCUCUGCAAACCUACCUUACAAAGUCCAAUUCGCCCUUUCCCCUUCCCAACAACAAGAACAAGGAGGCAUCAGCAAGCCCAUCAAAUUCUUUGCACAUCUCAGGGAAGAUGAGUUCGACCGCAUCGCCGCCAAAUGAAUGGUUACUGUUUCCAUCUUUCCUCAUGUUUCAAUGCUUUAUUUCCGAGAAAUAUGGCUUCCUCCUCCUUCCCUCAUCCCAUCCCUCUUUGUCAAGGAGCGCCAGCCAUCCAUCCCACUCACUCAUUCAUCGUGGUGUGUGUGCAGCGUAAUUUGUAUCUUCCAUAAAGCAGUUAGCUAGAGCCCUGUGUCUGAAAGCGCUUCGAUAUCUCAAGGAACACAAAACUGGCCAAAGGUUUAUCUUUCGGUUUUUCCUUUUAUUGUUUUGAUGAUCUGAAACUUGUCGAUGAAAGGGGCUCUCAAAUUCAGCAUAUAUCUUCUGUCACUGACUCACUUUUCCCAUAUCACUCCAUAAUAUUGUUUUUGAAUUAAUACUUCUCUGCCUAUUUCUUCAUCUC